GACAUUGACAUUAAUUAUUAUACAAGCCGGUGUUCGUCUGUGUACCCAAAUCCUUGGAACCUGCAACAUCGCGAUGUUAUUUCCAGCAGUUUUAUUUAUUUCGUUGUCCCUUUGUAAAUGUGACAGACCUAACAUCGUAUUUAUUAUAGCGGACGAUUUGGGAUGGAACGACGUUGGUUUUCAUGGGCUGAAUCAAAUACCGACGCCGAACAUGGACGCGUUGGCGUCUUCCGGCAUCUUGUUGCACAAUUACUACGUGACCCCCAUAUGCACGCCGUCCAGGUCCGCGAUCAUGACCGGAAAAUAUCCCAUACAUACUGGUAUGCAACACACUGUCAUAUUUGGAACUGAACCGAGAGGAUUACCGUUGUCUGAGAAAAUUUUGCCACAGUAUCUCAAAGACGUAGGUUAUAAAACCCACCUGAUCGGGAAAUGGCACCUAGGUUCUUAUAAGAAAAAGUACCUUCCGAUGUAUAGAGGAUUUGACAGCCACGUCGGUUUUUGGUCAGGAAAGAUAGAUAUGUACGAUCACACAAAUCAAGAAAAAAAUUACUGGGGAUUCGAUUUUAGAAAAGGUUUUUCAGUUGCUCAUGAUUUAUUCGGACACUAUGCAACUGAUAUAUACACAAAUGAAGCUAUUAAGGUAAUUAAUUCUCACAACAAGAGCGAACCACUGUUUCUGAUGGUAUCUCAUUCUGCAGUGCACUCUGGCAACCCCAGCGAACCGAUAAGAGCACCUGAAGAACUGCUGGCUAACUUUACACACAUAAAAGACUUUCAAAGACAAAAAUUCGCGGCUGUAUUAUCAAAGUUAGAUGAAUCAGUGGGUGAAGUAGUAGAUGCGCUACAGACUCGUGGACUUUUGGAGAACAGCGUUGUUAUCUUUACCACUGAUAAUGGAGGACCGGCAGAAGGAUUUAAUGAUAACCGAGCGUCGAACUAUCCAUUGAGGGGUGUAAAAAACACGCUGUGGGAAGGAGGUGUUAGAGGCGCAGGUUUUUUAUGGAGUCCUCUAAUUGAAAAGAAGUCUCGUAUUUCCAAACAGAUGUUUCAUUUAGUUGACUGGUUACCGACGUUGUUGUGUGUUGCGGGAUUGAAUGUCAGCUCGCUCCAGAGUUUAGACGGAAUAGAUCAAUGGGAGGCACUUUCAAAAGACUUAAAGUCGAAAAGAGUUUCCAUCCUGCACAAUAUUGAUGAUAUCUACGGAAGUGCCGCAAUUACAGUUGACAAAUGGAAAUUACUUAAGGGUACUAACUACAACGGCGCUUGGGAUGGCUGGUACGGCCCGAGUGGACGCGAAGGGAACUACGACGCGGGCGCCGUGCAGGACGCGCGCGCUGCUCGUGCUCUAAGAGCACUUGGACUGAUGCCUGACCUCGACACCGUAUUAAAACUGAGAGAAGAGGCAACCGUGAAAUGCGACAACAUGAGCCACAUACCCUGUAACCCCUUAAAAUCUCCUUGUUUAUUCAACAUCGAAGAAGAUCCCUGUGAAAUGAGGAAUCUUGCCGAUACAGAACCGACAAUUUUACGGAGCAUGUUAGAAGAAUUAGAGAUAAUGAACAAAACAGCAAUUCCACCAAACAACAAGCCUUUAGAUCCUCGCGGAGAUCCUAAAUUUUGGGGUCAAGUCAUAACAAAUUUCGGAGAUUAUGAGAAUUUAAACGCAAACAGUCUUUGUUAAUUAUUAAUAUGACAAUUUUACCCGAGUU